UAUGUCACUUAUAAUGUAAGAUAUUUUUAAAUGAAGGCAGCUCAAACAUGCAUUUUAGUCUGGGACUAGGAUGAGCACUGUCUGGGAAGCCCUUAUGUAAAACAGAUUGCUUGUAUAAAGUACCAUAUAAACAUCUGUAUUCACCAUUCAAUCAGGUACCAGUGGAGAGGUCAAUGUGUUCUGUAGUGAUGGAGUAAAUGUUACUCUGCCCUGCAGUGAUGCUCAUCCUGACUGCACAUUAACACACUGGUUCUAUAGUAAAGACAGAAAAUCAACUGGAGUUAAACUGUUUCAUAAAGGAAUAAAGACGAUGGACCAUGAAAGACUGAGUCUGGGGUCUAACUGCUCUCUGAACAUCUAUAAAACCACAAAAGAAGAUCAUGGGGUUUACAUCUGCCGUCAACUAAUAGAUGCAACUGAUUACACUGAUGUCCAAGUUUAUCUGCAUGUUCUUCAUGUGUCUUUAUCAUCCACACAGACUGAGAUUAAAGCAGGCAGAUCUGUCACUCUCUCCUGUCAAUUGUAUUUUUUUGAUGGAUUUGAUUGUGAGCGUUUGCUUCAUAAUGAUAGAUUUCAGAUGAUCUGGGUGAAUGAGUCUGAUGUUAAUCUUCAAUCAGACUCCAGAUAUCAGAUCUCAUCUUCAACAAAACACUGUAACAGCAGUCUGACUACAACACUCCUGAAUGAAGACAACAACAGAGAGUUAAGAUGUCAGAUUAUUAAAGGAACUGAAGUUAAGACCUCAGACAGAUACACUGUCAAGUAUUCGGUGACCAAAAGCGAUUUACUUCGCACAGUAAUUCUUGCUGUAUCUGCUGCUGUUUUUCUUCUUGCUCUUCUUCUUUUCUGGUUGAUCUGUAAUAAAAGAGCCGUUUUGAUUGGUGGUGGAGAGACGCAACACAUUUCAAGCUUUAGAUUGCUGAAGUACUAG